AUGGCGAAUACUGUAUGUCGGAAAGAAUUAUUUGCAUCAUGGUUUUAUUUUUCCGGACCUCAUAUGCUUUUAUCCUAUCAGGCAAAAGAAAAGAAAAAACCUGUUGUUUUACGAUCAUCAGCACAUGAAUUUGCCAAAGUUUUCGAUGAUGAGAAGAGAUUGCCAUGCGCAAUUCACGACUACAACCAGACAAAAGCUGGCGUUGAUGCUAUUGAUCAAUGUAUCGAGAAUUACACAGUUCAUCGUAUCAGUCGACGAUGGCCAAUGGUUGUGUUUUAUAAUAUGAUUGAUAUUGCUGCAAUCAAUGCCAUGACAAUUUGGUUAUGUCAAAAUUCUUCGUGGAAUGUAAAAAGAACAAGUACCCGACGUAUUUUCUUAACACAACUAAGUAAAGCAUUGACAAAUUUACAACUUCAACGUCGAAGCAAAGAAGUUCGUCUCAUGCCCAAGGCGAAGCUAGUUUUACAGUCUAUUGGCUACCGCCUUCAUUCAGACAGUAUUAAAAAUUUAAGUGUUGACAGUCAUCUGAAUGAAACAAAAAGAAGAUGCCAUUUAUGUCCAGCACAACUCGGACGCAAAGUUCGACAAACCUGCCACUAUUGUCGAAAGAAUGUUUGUCUUUCUCAUUCUAGAAGCGUCACCAUAGUGACUUGUCAAACAUGUGAAGAAAAUGCUAGCAAAGACUUUGCAUUUCUUGAAUGA